ACGACAUCUUGAUCCACUACAUCUCAUUCCAUGUCUCUUUCGUCCUUGCCCUUGAAGCGUGUUCAAGACUCCCCGCCAUGAUCUAGUUUCUGGCUCUCCUUACUCUAGGACUUUCCGUUCCACAUUUUGCUCGCCUCGCAUCUACCGAGCUAACGUUCCCGAUCGAUACCGCCCCUCCAGAACACCCGCUUCUGCGGCUUUUCCCAGGUUUUCUCCGCCUCCGAAUCGGCUACCCCCAGGGCCACUUGCGUACUUUCUAGGACAUUCUUCUCAUACCGACAUUCUGGCAACUAUGGUUCGAAAUAUCGUCGUCAUUGGGGGCACUUCCCAUCCUCAACUGACUCAGACGAUUUGCGAUAUACUCGGGAUUCCUCCAGCCGACGUGUUGCUGUCAAAGUUUUCUGUCGGUGAGACAAGGGUUGAAAUCAAAGAAUCCGUACGUGGAAAGGAUGUCUACAUUCUUCAGUCUGGUGGUGGAAAGGUGAACGACCAUCUUUUGGAGUUGCUUAUCACUAUUUCGGCAUGCAAAACUGCGUCUGCUCGAAGAGUCACCGCUGUUCUCCCGCUCUUUCCAUACUCUCGCCAGAGUGAUAUUCCUUACAACAAAUCGGGAGCUCCUCUAGUCAAAUCAUCGCUUGAAGGAAAGGGCGCUUCCAACGGGUAUACCUUCGAGAGCACCCCUACAACCCCCCAUCCCGGGAAGCUCGAGGUCGGAAACCCGAUAAAUGGAGUCAGUAUUGAUAACCUACAAAAGAGUCUGGCAAAGGCUCAGCUGGAGGAGUCUUCUGGUAGCCCUGUCAAGAAACGCCUACCCAACGGGCUUUCUCGCAGUGACACUAUGGAAUCUUUGAAGUCGGACAGCAGCAAGUCCACGCUUCCGAACGGCCUCUUAGAUGACAGCCAAGACAAAAUUAAUAAAUUUGAACCGCGUCCUGGAUAUAAACAGUGGGUGGCUCAAGCAGGUACUCUCGUGGCUGACUUGCUCACUUGUGCUGGCGCGGAUCACGUUAUCACGAUGGACCUGCAUGAUCCCCAAUACCAAGGCUUCUUUGAUAUUCCUGUUGAUAACCUCUACGGCCGACCCCUUCUCAAGAACUAUAUUAUGCGCAACAUCGCCAACUACAAAGAAGCCGUUGUUGUGAGCCCAGACGCUGGUGGCGCCAAGCGGGCAACUGCGAUUGCGGACUCCAUGGGCAUGGAAUUCGCUCUGAUCCACAAGGAACGCCGUCCCACGCGGAUCACAGACCGUCAGAAUGCAACUAUGAUGCUGGUUGGAGAUGUUAAGGAUAGGACAGCGAUCCUGAUUGACGAUCUUGCUGAUACGUCAAAUACUAUCACCCGAGCUGCCAAACUUUUGAAAAAGGAAGGUGCUUCGCAAGUCUACGCUCUGGUGACUCACGGAAUCUUGAGCGGUGAUGCGAUCGACCGUAUCAAUGCCAGCGCUCUAGACAAGGUCGUCGUAACCAACAGCGUAUCUCAGACAGAGCACUUGCGCCGAUGCCCCAAGCUGGAAGUCUUGGAGGUCGGCCACGUUUUCGCAGAGGCUAUCCGUCGCGUCCACCACGGCGAGAGUAUCAGUGCGCUUUUCCAGUACGAGUAAAUGGUCAAUAUUCACAAUUCCUUCUCUUGGUAGCCCUUUGGCGUGAAAGAUAUGAGAUGAAAUACCUUCCAAAAGUAGCAUUGAACUGAAGCCAUAUACUCAUGGAUAUUUUUUCUAUUUCAUGACGCGAUAUAUUCAAGACAUUUGCCAAUCUAUGACUCAUACACGUUCAUGUCUUACCGCCAACCAGCUUGGCUUGAAGCCAUUUUGACCGUUACAGUUCAGCCUCUCAUGACAAUCAAGAUAAUGACCUCCUGUCAUGAUGC